AUGUCGCCCAUGAGCCUUUUCUCCGAGAGACUCUCUGAGUCCGACCGAAGUUGUAGCAACAUUUACGGUUCUCGAUUUGCUUCAGAACAUAUGCCGUGCAACAGUUUCCCAGAGGACGAGAUGCCGAAAGAAGUCGCCUAUCGAAUGAUCAAGGAUGAUCUGGUUCUUGAUGGUAACCCGAUGUUGAAUCUCGCUAGCUUUGUCACUACCUACAUGGAAGACGAAGCCGAAAAGCUCAUCGCCGAAUCCGCAAACAAGAACGUCAUCGACCAUGAGGAAUACCCCAAGUCGGUCGAAAUCGAACAGCGCUGUCUCAACAUUCUGGCCGACCUAUUCCACACUCCUCAAAUUAAUGGGAAAGCUACCGCUGUCGGCACAGCCUGCAUUGGAUCAUCUGAAGCCAUCAUGCUGGGCGUUCUCGCCAUGAAGAAACGCUGGCAAAACGAACGAAAGGCGCAAGGUAAAGACGCCUCUCGUCCUAACAUCAUCAUGAGCACUGGUGUCCAGGUCUGCUGGGAGAAAGCAGCGAGAUAUUUUGACAUUGAAGAGAAGCUGGUCCCCUGUACGGAAACCCGAUUCGUGAUCGAUCCAGUUGAGGCUGUGAACCUGGUCGAUGAGAACACGAUAGGCAUUGCUGCUAUUCUUGGAACAACGUACACUGGGCAGUAUGAGGAUGUCAAGUUGAUCAAUGAUCUUCUGAUUGAAAAGGGCCUUGACACUCCCAUUCAUGUUGAUGCUGCUAGUGGUGGAUUCGUCGCUCCCUUCGUCAACCCCGAUUUGACAUGGGACUUUCAGCUGCAAAAUGUUGUCUCGAUCAACGUUUCCGGCCAUAAGUAUGGCCUGGUCUACCCCGGCAUCGGCUGGGCCCUGUGGCGAUCCAUCGACUACCUGCCAAGAGAACUCAUCUUCAACAUCAACUACCUCGGCGCAGACCAGUUGAACUUUACCCUGAACUUCUCCAAGCCUGCAUCCCACAUCAUCGCACAGUACUACCAGAUGAUCCGCCUAGGACGUCGAGGCUACACCGACAUCAUGAUGAAUCUAACCCACACAGCCGACUACCUUGCCGACCAGCUCAAGAAUCAGGGAUUCAUCAUUAUGAGCGACGGCAGCGGUGAUGGACUUCCAGUCGUCGCCUUCCGCCUGGGCUCGGCUCAGCACAUCGUUUUCGACGAGUUUGCACUCUCCCACAAACUCCGCGAACGUGGUUGGAUUGUUCCGGCGUACACAAUGGCUGCAGACUGUGAGAAGAUGAGCAUGAUGCGCGUCGUGGUGCGCGAAGAGUUCAGUCAAAGUCGUUGUGAUUGUCUGGUCAAUGAUAUCCAGUUUGCUCUCCAGGCGCUGGCCGAGCAGGAAAUUCUGAACAUUCAGCGCUAUCACAAAUUGAUGCAAAGUCAGCUUGCUCUUCCGAAAACACUCUGCGCCGAACAUUCGUGUCUUCCCGUCCUUCAGGCCCCCGAAAAGACCGCUGAGAUCACUGUCAACACUCGUGAAUUCAUUGAGGCAUAG